ACACAUUUCUGGGUUAUCGCGCCGAGCUAAAACCCUCCUCUCACUUUAAAUCAACAAAUCCAUAAACCCUAAACCAGAGAGCGAUACUGAAGCUCCUUCAAUGGCGACCUCGAGCGAAGCACACGCUUCCGUCAUCACCGCUCCGAGAAGCCUCUCGCCGCCGAAACAAACUCACCAAAACUUCUUCGUGUGGAGAGAGUUUCUGUGGGGAGGUAUUGCUGGGGCGUUUGGGGAAGGAAUCAUGCAUCCAAUCGACACCGUAAAGACUCGGAUUCAAAGCCAGGCUAUUUUCAGUGCAAGUCAGCAUCAAAAGAGCAUCCUGCAGAUGGUACGAACAGUCUGGGCUGUUGAUGGAUUAAAAGGUUUUUAUAGAGGCAUAGCUCCUGGUGUCACUGGUUCUCUUGCAACUGGAGCAACAUAUUUUGGUGUCAUAGAGUCGACCAAAAAGUGGAUUGAAGAGUCACAUCCAAACCUUGGGGGACAUUGGGCGCAUUUCAUUGCUGGAGCAGUUGGAGAUACACUUGGUUCUUUUGUAUAUGUUCCAUGUGAAGUGAUGAAGCAACGCAUGCAGGUUCAAGGGACAAAGGCUUCUUGGAGUUCCGCUAUGCUGAAAGAUAAUAUCUCUAUGAAGCCUGGUAUCCAUAUGUAUGAUUACUAUACAGGGAUGUUCCAGGCGGGCUGCUCAAUAUGGAAGGAGCAGGGGCCAAGAGGAUUAUAUGCAGGAUUCGGGUCAACACUUGCAAGGGAUGUGCCUUUUGCGGGUCUGAUGGUUAUGUUCUAUGAAGGCUUGAAAGAUUUGACAGAGUAUGGGAAGAAAAAGUACAUGCACAAUCAGAAUUUCCAUAUUAAUAGUUCCUUGGAGGGACUUAUACUAGGAGGACUUGCUGGUGGCAUGAGUUCUUUUCUUACCACUCCCUUUGAUGUGAUCAAGACAAGAUUGCAAGUACAGGGAUCAACAUUGAGGUACAAUGGCUGGUGGGAUGCAUUGCGAAGCAUUUGGAUUACUGAAGGUGCAAAGGGAAUGUUCAGAGGUAGCAUCCCCAGGGUUACAUGGUAUAUUCCAGCUUCAGCUCUUACAUUUAUGGCUGUGGAGUUCCUCAGAGACCAUUUCAAAGAGGGAGUGAGCAUUGAUGGCGUGCAAGAAGUUGCUAGCUUGACGGUAGAUAAAAAAAAUUCACCUUUACAAGGUUCGGCUUAAGAAACUUAUACCGGGUAUUAUCCCAUUGAUCCCGUCCAGUUUGUUGCACAUAUGGAUCCAAGUUACAGUCUUCAGAUGAAUAAGUUACAUUGUCAGGCACAACUUACUGAAUUUGCUAGGAUGAACAUCUAACCUAUUCUACUACAUUUUGGUGUAUAUAUUACAGUAUUUUGGUGCUGAUGAAAACAACUUGGUAACUGCAAAAAAGGGUCAAAAGAGCAAAAUAUGAGUUAGUGGCUGUGUUUUUAGUUUCAACGUUUACAACGAGACGAACAAAUUUUUAUUAUUUCCUUUCUCCCUGAUGUUCAACUGGAGGCUUUCCAUGUACUGUUGGGAGUCCUAUAAUCCCAUAAUCCUGAGCAAGGGAUUUGUGCGCGUGAGAACCAUCAGCAGCUACGGUGCCACGCCCUUCAGCACAGUAGCCGCUUUCUCCCAUAAAGGAGUCGGAACUUGACAAUGAUCACACCACGGCGCGUAGAAUUCAACCAGAACAACUCCGUCCGUCCCGAACCUUGGACGUGAAGUUGGAUCGAGUCAGCUGAAGCACUGGUGAUUAUGGUGUGUAAAGUGCAUCACAGACAAUGAAAAGACGAAGAAGAACAAGAAGAAGACCGGUACAGCUCGAAAU